CUGGUCUUAUGAUGGUUUCCCUUGAAUAGAUGUGUGGACAGAGUUGGGAACAGGCUUUGUUGAAAGAUUUAGAAGGUGUUAAUUAGAUCAAGAUAGGUAACUUGAUCUAGCUUCCUACAUUUAGAUCUUAGUUUAGACAAGAACUAUCACAUACACCCUCUCUCUUCCACACACACACCCAUACCACUGGGUCUCAGAUGCCCUUUCUCACACAUACUGCUCCUGUCUCUCUCUCUGACACACACUUCUCUUACACAACUUGCUCACUCAAACACAGUUACACACAGCAUCCCCAACACACGCAUUCCACAGCCAUCAGGCCAGCGCAUUUAUCCCAUUUAUUCCAUCACAUGAGUGCCAGUGGAUUUAACCAGCAAAUAGCGCCCACUUUUAAUUCCCCAGCCCUCUCUUCCAAUCUUCAUCAACUCCCAGGUCUGUGGGGCCAGAGGUAGUGAAUUAAAAGGCCUCAUCGCUUCUCACUGCCUGUCUGGAGUUAAAGCAAAGAACGAGACAAAGAAGUGCAUUGAUUUGCAGAGGGGACAUCUAUUGAUCUCUUCUCUCUAUGUAAGUGAACAAAGACUGGGACAUGGAGUUCCCUGGCGAUAUGUGGAAUGUGAAGAGGAUGGUUGGGCUGGGUUCAGGAGGUCUGGUCGAUAGCAUGAGCCCUACCAGAGAGAGAUCCCCACCCUAAUAGGGUCCUAGAGCCCGGGCUCCAGCCCGAGCCUGAACAUCUCCUCCACAGUUAAACAGCCCCAGAGCCCAAGCCCUGCGUACCUGAGUCAGCUGACGCAGGCCAGCCGCAGGUGCCUAAUGGCAGUGUAGACAUACCCAGAGAUUCCACUUCUCCUUUGCCCUGCACCUUGUGCAGUCAUUUAAACUAGUGCAAAGUGGGCGCAAAAUGCUGCCCUUCUGAUUUUACACCCACUUUGCACUGGUGUAAAUGACUGCACCAAAGAACAGCCAUGCUGGGUCAGAUCAGAGUCCUGGGUCAGAUCAUCUAGCCCAGUGUCCUGUCUUCCCACAGUAGCCAGUGCCAGGUGCUUCAGAGGGAACAAACAGAAUAGAGCAUUUAGCGAGUGAUCCAUCCGCUGUUGUCCAAUCCCAGCUUCUGGCCGUUGGAGGUUUAGGGACACCAGAGGUUUCAUCUCUGACCAACUUGGCUAAUUGCCAUUGACGGACCUAUGCUCCAUGAACUUCUCCUUUUGAACCAAGUUACACUGCUGACAGGCUCAGGGCAAGGGAGAUUCAGACCCAGCAAUCUGACACAUCCUGGCUUCUUCCUUAGAGUCACAGGCCUGGCUGUGCUUCUGCAAACAGCGUCACUUCAGUCUCACACAACUGGUGUUUUAGCCUCUGGUGCAGUCACAUUGGUGCAAAGGCUGAGUGCUGACACAGUGUGCAUGAUUGAAACAGACACAGAACUGCACCAGUGUAAGUCACAUGGCACUGGUGCAAGUCACGGCUGUGCCAGGGAUUGUGCAAGUGGCUAAAAUCCCAGUGGAGCCGGGGCCUUGUGCUAGGCAGCUCUGAAGUGCUGAGCAGAGAUUGCCAUGCCAAAUGUUGCAGAGAGACCAAGGGAUCCCUUGUGGGCCAACCUUCCCUUUGGGCAAACCCAACGUUCCCCUGAGCAUCAAGUUGCAGAGAUGUGGAGAGCCAAGCAAGCCACUAGCUGCUCUUCCUCAAACUCUCUGUUGGGGUUUGUUUCUUUUUAAAAAAGUUCUUGACUGGAUCUAGGAGAGCUAACGCUGCACAGAGCAGGGAUAGCAGAAGGCCAAACUUCCUUCAUGAGUUUCCUUCCUACCUGGGGCAGUGCUUAGGACGUGCUUCAAAGGGGUGAGUUCAAGUCCCCGUUCAGCCACAGAUUUCUUAUCUGACCUUGGGCAACUCACUUAGCCUCUUUGUGGCAGUUUCCCAUUGGUCAAAUAGGAAUAACAGCCCUACCCAACCGGACAGGGGUGUCGGGAGGGUGAAUGCAUUAAAGGUUGUGAUGUACAUAGGCACUGCAGUACCUGGGGGUUGUAUCUGUACCUGAGAGAGACUGCAACUUGAGGGUGUCUAGUCCUCCGGGGUGAGUGAAUACGGCCCCUGAGUAAUGAUGAUUUCCUGUAGUGUAGACACCUCUCCCCUUAGAACUGGACUGAGCCCCACUGACUCAUUUCACACGGGUGCCAUUGAGUCUUGAUUUUUCAAUCCUGGGCUGGAUCUGAGCUAGCUAUUUUGGAGGAGAACAGCUCGGCUGCAUCUCUGAGACAUCCUUCCCUGUUUCAGAACAGGCUGGGAUGAAAAACCCUAGUUCAGGCAACUCACUGGGUCUUUCCCACCAUUGGAGACCUCCCCAGUGCUCUCAUGAUUCUGACUCCUGAGGGCUCAGUCCAUAUCAGGCCCAGGGUCCCGGGCUGGAAGAGCUCACUGUUUAAUUAGGCAAGUUAGAAGGAUUAUUCUCCCCGUCCUACAAGUGGGGAGAGGAAGGUCAUGCACAGAGUCUGUGGCGGAGGCAGGAAUUGAACCCAGGGCGCUAGCUCAGUGCCUUAGCCCCAAGACCGCCCAUUAGGUGAGUGGAGAAGCAAGACGUGUGGCAUCCUCUAGAGAACUGCCCUUGUCGCAGGCGCCAGAAGGUGGCAGCAGCCUGGCACCAACAACACGAGCUGGAAGCAGGAGGCCCAGCCGAACUGGGCCCAGGACGAGAACAUCUGGAGGUGAGAAGGGGGAGUUGUUAGCAGCACAGGGCUGCCGGGCUGGGCUCGCGUUACCUAGAGGAGCUAAGUAACACAUGCCAACGUACCCUGUGUUGCAAUGGCCAAAGGCGGCGGCUGCCCCACGCCUGCUUGCCCAAUGGCCAUUACCACUCUCUACUCCCCCAGUAGUGGGGCAAUAAGAUGUCUCUGAACGCUCCCUCUAGAGAACGCGGGGAACAGAAGCUUCAGCUGGUGGGAUGUGCCACCGGGCGCCUUCAGUGCGUCCUGUCUCAACUGCCAGCCCUCUGGCCACGUGACCCCAUGGUCUGGGUGCAAGACAAGUUGCCCAGAGAUCGGGUCCUGUGCCUGGUUCUGUUUACGUUGCUUUCUGCUUCCCCUCCCGCUGCUUGUCUGUCUUGGCUAUUUAGACUGUAAGCUCUUCGCUGCGGGGCCUGUCCUCUGUUUUCUGCGCCAUGCCCGGCACAAGAGGCCCUGAUCUCCGCGGAGACCUCCAGAUAUUGGCGCCCUCAUCUAGCGGCUCCACGGUAGGCAGGUAACUGGGUGUCAUGCCUUUUUGGAGCACUCAGGUUCCAUAUUCCAUCUUGUUGGGCUUCCCCACCCCUAGCUGGGCCCUGGAAAGCUCCAGGCAAGGUCUCUAGUAGAUGUCUUUCAGCAGCUAAACGAGAUGCAAUCCCAGCCCCUUCCGGUUAGUUACACCGCCUCUGAAGAGUGAGGGAAUUCUUCCCCCCCUUUUCUUGCUGGGCCCUUUGCUCCCUUCCCAGAGUCUGCCACCUCUUAGCAGCAUGGGCAUUCGCUCAGCUCAUUGCCUAUGGCAGGAGGGACCACAGCCUGGUGUCUCUGCCACCCAUCGCUCCCAGCAGGGGUUGCUGUGGAGAACAGCUCCCAGCACCGGCCACGGAUGCUCUGCUUCCCGAUCUGCAGAUAAUGGCCGUGGAAUUUCUGACUGGGAAUGGGGUAGGGGGUGGGGAGAAACGAACCACGUUCACCGAGCUUCCUCUCCCAACCAGGGAGCCCACGCGAGGAGGAGACGAGACCUGGGGCUGCCAUCUCACGGAGCAUGCAGCCGUCGGCAGCCGGAGACCUGCGAGGGUUAACGCGAUUGUCUUUGCAACCGCGGACGCCCUCCUGGGAGUGUGGAGUGCUGGGUUUUCAUUUUAAGUAACCCUAACGCGGCAUGUGAUGAAAUGCACAAGUCGUGUGCGAGAGACAGAGAGUGGGAGAGAGAGACCAAGAGGGAUCCAGGUGGCUCGGAAAGGUCUGUAAAAUGCACUGUGGCUGUGUGUCUGAGGGGAUCCCCAGCUCCUACUGGAUCUCAGGGCUGGCUUUCCCAGACUGGGCCUACAAGGCAGAAUCCAGCCCUGGCUCCCGUCAGAUCCAGCUCUGGCACUUCAUCCUGGAGCUGCUGCAGAAGGAGGAAUUCCGCCAUGUCAUUGCCUGGCAGGGCGAGUAUGGGGAGUUUGUGAUCAAGGACCCUGACGAGGUGGCGCGUCUGUGGGGCAGGAGGAAAUGCAAACCGCAAAUGAACUACGACAAGCUGAGCCGGGCCCUCAGGUAUUAUUACAACAAGCGCAUCCUGCACAAGACCAAGGGAAAGAGAUUCACCUACAAGUUUAACUUCAGCAAACUCAUCUUUGUCAAUUACCCGCUGUGGGACGUGCACUACCCGUCCCCGCCCCUGCUGAUGGGGGCCGCCAGCGUGUGCCGCCCGUCCGUGGUCUCCGCCGGCAUGCAGAGUGAGCUCCUGCAGAACAUGAUCUUCACCCGCCAGGCCUUGGCCGACCAGCUGGCCUUCCACAGAGGCCUCAGGGACCCGCUGGACACGGCGAGCACAGGGAACAAGAAAGGGACUGCCAGCGGGCCCCAGUUCAGCUUGCUCCCCUCUCCCUGCCUGUUCGGCUCCUGCUGCUGUGGGGGAGUGCAGGAGAAGUUCCCUCACCUGGGCGUCUUCCCGCCAACGUUCCCGCACUCCGGCCUCGGCCCCCACUCCAGCCGUCAGCUCUGCCCCCCUCCCCAGUACCCCCAGCCCAGCUCCCCUGACUGGUCACACUUCCCCAGCCACGUCUUCCAGCACGGCCGGUCAGUGCUGCCCCUGGAGGAGAGGGCCCAGCCCCACAGCCCAUUGGGACCCCCCAGAUCAGAAGCCCUCCUGAAGGGUGUCGGCUUUCCACCCAUUAGGCUGCAGGGGAGAGCGUUCCCUGGGCUCCCACUGGGUGCCACGCGGGGCCACGGGAGCGCGAUGGCCGGAGAGAGGCUGGGGUACCCGCCGGACCUCUCCCAGCCUAAGGAGGAAGAGGAGGUCUCUGCAGAGAGCUGCCUGGGUGUGAAACCGAAGCUGGAGCUUGAGGGCCGGCCUCAGGCCAAGGGCGCCGGCAGUCUGGAUCCCAGUGCGGGAGAUGAUGGUCUGCAUUACCCCCCCGAGGUACAAGGCCUCCACCCACCCAGCAUCCCCUGCUUGCCUGGCUUUAAAGCUGACUGCUCCCUGGAUCCUACCUAAGACAGAUGGGCAAGGGGCGAGGGGAUGUCAGCUCUUCUCCUCCAGCCCUAAUUCCACUGUCCCAGGGGACCCUGCCAUUCCAGCUAGCAGACCAGAAGCUCCCUCGACCAGCCGGUUCUCUGCAACCCGCCACUCACCCUGUCUCAGGGCUGAGGAGAUUGAUUUCCAGUAGGGUGCUGACUGGGCCCCCAGAAAACCAGCCACCAGGGUCUGCUAGUGACUCAUCCUCAUUCACCCACCAAUAACCCCUCCACCCACAACUCCCUGAGGCAGAGCCAGGGAGGUAGGUGCCCCGAGUGUGCAGAGCCCUCUGUCUUCCUCGCCUGGUCUCAGUGCCCCACCCCGGUAGCCUGAGACACGCUUCAUUCACACCCCAAACUUCCCCAGCCUCUGCUCUGCUUCACAACUAAACCUGGGUCCAGACCAGCCCAGCCACUCUUUGUGAUCAGACACCCCCUCUCCGGGACGGCCCAUUCGGUGCCGGACCCCAGCUCUUCAUUCGCUUUGAAGCUCUCGGCAUGUGUCGGGGCGGUGACCGGAGCUGAUGGGCAAACAGGUUUGGAAUCCCGGGGGAACCCCUGAGGAACACGACAAAGUUUUCAUUUUCCUUGCCAUUAUUUUCUUCCAAAGGUUUAGGUGGGGAAAAAAAGAACAAACAGACUGUUCAGUGUUUGGCAACAGGAAAAUUUCAGCCAAAAAUUUUCAAAUUUUCAACAACCCCCCCGCCCCAGCUUAGCCCAAAAUGUCACCCGCAGAAAUCUCUGCUUUGACUAAAAACUUGGUUUCUGUCGGAAAAAACUUUGAGAAGGGAAAAUGUUGACUGGCUCCGGUAACACUGCUGCUGGCUCAUCCCCAGGGAUCCCACAUGGGACGUGUGGAUCAAGAGCACGAGCCACCCGUGUCAGUAAAGAAUAAGGCCUGUGAGCUUGGGCUAUAUCUGUCUCAUCAACUUCAUGGAUCAUCCAGCUACUGGAGGGGGGAAAGUCCUGCACUGGGUCCACAUGGGGAGGUUGAAGUUGACCCAAUAUUUCCCAUUAAACACUCAGCUGCCACCACAGGGUUAUUCUAUCCCUUUUUUCUUCUGAUACUCCCCAGCCACCGCCCCACCCAUGCUGGGGACACAUUCUGAAUUGCUCAGGCCCCAGUUCCCUUUGCCUGGCGAUACUCUGGAGACCCGGGGGGAGGGGGAGGUGUCUUUCCUCUCGACUUUCCUCCCUCUUGUUCAAACAUUUGUGUGGAGUGUUUGCUAAGUGCCUAGUUGUUGGUCCCCUUUGCCCUGCUGUUGGGUUCCCUCUUAACGCCUCCUCUGCCAGAUCUCAAGUCUGGUCUUGGGCUACGCUGCAUCAGUGCCCUGCUGAAAUCAGGGGAAGGUCAGGGGCCAUCCAGCGCUGAGGCGGGGUGUUCUGCCUGGGGGGGUCCCAGACCAUUCAGCACAACAGGUGCACUCUGGAGGCACCGAACAUGCAGCAACUCGGCAGGGAUCUUUUACCUGGCUAGGUCUGCUCCUUCCAGCAUCAGAACAGGUGCAUUCUCUUUGGCUGGAGCCUAGAGGUUCGCCACCAGCCCAGCCUGAUUUGUCUGUAUAUACAAGUCCCUGUGCCACAUUGCCCUGACAUCUCCCCCGCUCCGCCUGUCCGGCAAUGCCCUCGCCGCCCCACGGCAGUUUGUCAGUGAAAUAAAUGUGCACGGCCUAUCUAGUCUCACCCCGUCUGUAUAAAAGAUGAAA